UCCGUUACCACGUGAAGACUCGGAGCUACAAGACAGUGAAGUUAGAGUGGAGAUUAAAAAGAAACAGUUUUGAAGAGAAUUACUGUUAAACACAGGAGCUCUCUCUUAUGAUUAUAGCACAUUUCUAGUUGUCAACAUGCCCUCGAUUAUACUGCCGCCUAAAGAGAACGCUCUGUUUAAGAGAAUAUUGAGAUGCUACGAGCACAAGCAAUACAGAAAUGGCCUGAAGUUCUGCAAGCAGAUUCUGUCCAACCCAAAGUUUGCCGAACAUGGAGAGACACUGGCAAUGAAAGGAUUGACUCUGAACUGUUUGGGGAGAAAAGAAGAGGCGUACGAUCUGGUCAGGAGAGGACUUCGUAAUGAUUUGAAGAGUCAUGUCUGCUGGCAUGUGUAUGGUUUGCUGCAGCGUUCCGAUAAAAAGUAUGACGAAGCCAUUAAGUGCUACAGAAACGCGCUGAAAUGGGACAAAGAUAAUCUGCAAAUACUUAGAGACCUCUCACUGCUGCAAAUUCAAAUGAGGGAUCUCGAGGGAUACCGGGAGACCAGGUACCAAUUGCUUCAGUUGCGGCCAGCCCAGAGAGCAUCGUGGAUUGGUUAUGCCAUUGCCUAUCACCUCCUGCAGGACUAUGAGAUGGCAGCCAAGAUAGUGGAGGAGUUUCGCAAAACCCAGCAGACAUCUCCAGAUAAAGUGGACUAUGAGUACAGUGAGCUGUUACUGUAUCAGAAUCAAGUGCUGCGAGAGGCAGGACUUUUCAAAGAGGCUCUCGAUCACCUCAUCAGUUACGAGAAACAAAUCUGUGACAAAUUGGCCGUGGAGGAAACUAGAGGAGAGCUGUUGCUACAGUUGGAUCGGGCUGAUGAAGCCUCCGAUGUGUAUCGCCACCUGCAGGAGAGAAAUCCUGAAAACUGGAGCUACUACCAAGGACUGGAGAAAUCUCUGAAACCAAGAAACGUGGAGGAGAGGCAAAAGCUUUAUGAAGACACCUGGCUAAAGUUUCCUAAGGGUUUAGUGCCCAGGAGGCUGCCCCUUAACUUCCUUACAGGGGAGAAGUUCAAGGAGUGUCUGGAUUAUUAUCUGAGAUUAAACUUUAGUAAAGGAUGCCCUCCACUGUUCACCACACUGAAAUCUCUUUAUCAUGACAAGGAAAAGGUGUCAGUCAUUGAGAAGUUGGUGGUCAGCUAUGAGGAAAGUUUAAGAACUUGCAAAGUGUUUAGCUCAAAUGAUGAUGAAAAAACGGAACCUCCGACCACUCUGCUGUGGGUUCAGUAUUUUCUGGCUCAGCAUUUCGACCACAUCGGCCAGCAAGGUCUGGCACUGGAGUACAUCAACACAGCCAUCGAAAGUACCCCCACCCUUAUAGAGCUCUUCCUCAUCAAAGCAAAGAUCUACAAGCAUGCGGGAAAUAUUCGAGAAGCCGCUCGCUGGAUGGACGAGGCUCAGGCUCUCGACACGGCAGACCGCUUUAUCAACUCCAAAUGUGCCAAGUACCUGCUGAAAGCAGGCCUGAUCAAAGAGGCUGAAGAGAUGUGCUCCAAAUUUACAAGGGAAGGCACAUCAGCAGUGGAGAACCUGAACGAGAUGCAGUGUAUGUGGUUCCAAACCGAAUGUGCCCUUUCAUACAAGGCAAUGAACAAAUACGGAGAGGCGCUUAAAAAGUGCCAUGAAAUCGAGAGACAUUUUGUAGAAAUAACUGAUGACCAGUUUGACUUCCACACGUACUGCAUGAGGAAGAUGACCCUACGCUCCUACGUCUCCCUGCUUAAGCUGGAGGAUGUUCUGCGCAUGCACCCAUUCUAUUUUAAAGCUGCAGAAACUGCCAUUCAGAUCUACCUCAGUCUACAUGACAACCCACUGUGUGACGACAACAAAGAGUCCCAGGCAGACAAUAUAAACCUGACUGAUAAGGAGCUGAAAAAACUACGGAACAAACAGAGACGGGCGCAGAAGAAGGCUCAGCUGGAGGAGGAAAAGAAGAUUGCAGAAAAAGAGAAACAACUGAAGAACCAGAAAAAGAAAAAAGAGGAAGAUGAGGAGGAGGUUGGAGGACCCAAAGAGGAACUCAUACCCGAAAAACUGGCAAAGGUGGAAAAUCCUUUGGAAGAAGCUGUGAAAUUCCUAAUUCCUCUAAAAACUCUGGUUCAAAACAAAAUUGAGACUCACCUCUUGGCUUUUGAGAUCUACCUCCGCAAAGAGAAGUAUCUGUUGAUGCUGCAGUCAGUGAAGAGAGCCUACACUCUAGACCCUGACCACCCCUGGCUUCACCAAUGUCUUAUUCGCUUCUUCAAAGGAGUGGCUGAUAAUAAGAGCUUGGCUCAGCCUGUGCACACCGUUUUGAAGCAGGAGAUUACACGUCUGUUUGGAGAAAGUGACCCUAAAACCUACAACAAGAACUUCCUGAGCAAGCACAUUAGCUCCAUACCCCACAGAUUAGCAGCUGCCAAAAUGAUGGUAUAUCUGGAUCCCUCUUCUGAGAGCACGGCUGCUGGGUUGGCUGUCUCU